AACAUUUUUACAAAUAUGGUUCUAACUAAGACAUAUUAAUGCAAGCAAGACCAACGAUAUCAGGUUACAUGUUAUUAAAAUAUUUUGAUUAGUCAAUCAUGAGCUGAUAAAACAACAAUACUAGAAAGCAUAUAUUUUAGGUAGUGUAUGAUGUGUGCUGAAGUUUUAUUUUGUAGAAUAUGUGAGUGUAACCCCGCUCACUCGGGCUGCACCGCGAAAACAUCGAACCAUCCCCCGGCCAGCGGCUCGCCAUGACGCACGGAGCGCAGAUCGUCCGCUCGCCUCAGCCCAUCUCGGGACCGUCCAGAACAAAAUGCGGUAUGGCGACGGUGGAGACAGCCGCCGAACACGAGCGAAUUCUCCGCGAAAUAGAGAGCACGGACACCAACUGUAUUGGGCCGACUCUCCGGUCAGUGUACGAUGGCCAGGAACAUGGCGUGUUCAUGGACAAACUGGACGUUCGGAUCAGGAAUCACGACAGAGAGAUCGAGAAGAUGUGCAACCACCACUUCCAGGGCUUUGUGGACUCCAUCACAGAGCUUCUCAAAGUGCGAGGAGAGGCGCAGAAGCUGAAGAGUCAGGUGACUGAGACCAACAGGUCCCUUCAAGGUGACGGAAAAGAGCUGAUGAACUCCAUGGAGGAGCUGAGGCAGUGUCGAGUACAACAGAGAAACAUCGCCACCACUGUGGACAAACUGACACACUGCCUGCCAGUCUUGGAGAUGUACGCACGCCUACAAGAGCAAAUGGAGACUAAAAGGUACUACCCUGCGCUGUGCACCUUGGAACAGCUAGAGCAGACGUGUCUUCCCAGGGCAGGCCAGUACCGGUUCUGCACCAUCAUGGCAGAAAACAUUCCGAAGUUAAGGACACAGAUCCGGGACACAGCCAUGAUCCAGCUAAAAGACUUUCUAGAGAGCAUCCGGAAACACUCGGACAAGAUCGGAGAAACGGCCAUCAGGCAGGCCCAACUGCAGCGCUCGCUGGACAACUCUAUCUCUCCUGUUGGCCGGCGCCCCAGGAGAGAAGCACUGGCAGCCGCUAGGGUCAUGCAGAGCAACGGGGAGGGUGAGGGCCCGCUGUCAGAAUUGGACUCUGGCAUCCUGGAUGUGGAGGAUGAAGAGGAUGAUGAUGACGUCAGUGGUGCUCAGGACUUGGUGGACUUCUCACCCGUGUACCGCUGUCUUCAUAUCUACACUGUGCUGGGUUUGCGUGAUGUGUUUGAGAACUACUACCGAAAGCAAAGAAGGAAACAGGCUCGCCUCGUGCUGCAGCCGCACUCUAACAUGCAUGAAACUCUGGAAGGAUACAGGCGCUACUUUAAUCAAAUUGUUGGGUUCUUUGUGGUGGAGGACCAUGUGCUUCACACCACGCAGGGUUUGGUCAACAGAGCCUAUGUGGAGGAGCUCUGGGAGCUGGCACUGUCCAAAAUUGUGGCUGCUCUGAGAACACACUCGUCUUACUGUGAUGACCCAGACUUGGUGCUGGAUCUAAAGAAUCUCAUUGUCCUAUUUGCUGAUACACUUCAGGGUUACGGCUUCCCGGUGUCCCAGCUCUUCGACAUGCUGCUGGAGAUACGGGAGCAGUAUGGCGAAAUCCUGAUGAAGAGAUGGAACAUCACGUUCAGGCAGGUGCUGGACCAGGACAACUUCAGUCCCAUCCCGGUGUCAACAGAGGAGGAGUACAGACACUACACUUCCCUGUUCCCUCUGCAAGACCCCCAACUAGACAAGCUUCCCUUUCCAAAGAAGCUUCCAUUCUCCCAGUUUGUGCCAAAAGUCUACUGCCAGCUCAAAGAGUUUAUCUACGCUUGUCUCAAGUACUCUGAAGACCUUCACCUCAGCUCCACGGAGGUGGACGACAUGAUCCGCAAAUCCACCAAUCUGCUGCUGACCCGAACCCUGAGCCACUGUCUACAGUACGCCAUUAAGAAGAAGAAUGUUGGCUUGGCUGAGUUGGUGCAGGUGAUCAUCAAUACCACUCACCUGGAGCAGAGCUGCCACUUCUUGGAGGAGUUCAUAGCAAACAUCACCAAUGUUCCUCCGGACACGGCUAACGCCACCAAGCUGUACGGGACAUCUACGUUUAAGGACGCGCGCCAUGCAGCUGAGGCAGAGAUCUACACCAGUCUAAAUGCCAAAAUUGACCAGUUCCUGCAGCUAGCGGAUUACGACUGGUUAGUGGGCGUGCCGACUGGCGAUGCACCGAUGCCCAGUGACUACCUGCUGGACCUGGUGGCCUUCCUGAAGAGCACCUUCAGUGUCUUCACCAACCUGCCUGGAGCGCCCGUAGAACAUGCUAUCUUACCGGGCAAAGUGGCACAGACGGCGUGCAUGUCGGCUUGCAAACACAUCUCCACCUCGCUGAUGCAGCUCCUGCUGGACCCUGAGGUCAAGCAGAUCUCCAUGGGGGCGCUGCACCAACUCAACGCUGACGUCCACGAGUGUGAGGGUUUUGCCAGAGCCGGCCCGGUCGCAGGCUUCCAGGGUGACACGUUGCUUCUGGCCUUCAGUGACUUGAGACAACUGCUGGAGCUGUUCACGAUGUGGGACUGGUCUAGCUACUUGGCUGACUACGGCAAAGCCAGCUGCAAGUAUCUCCGCGUGAACCCCCAUGCCGCCCUGGCCCUGCUGGAGAAGAUGCGGGAGAGCAGCAGGAUGAACGUUGUCUUUGCGCAGUUCCGAAAGACGGAUCGCGACAGGCAGAAACUGAUCGAUACCAUCAUCAAGCAGCUACGCAAUGUCAUCGCACAACAGCAGCACACCUGAGAGGCCACGCCUCUUCAGCUGUUUCCCCCUUGGUCUUCCUCACUGUGAUGGCAAUAAUGUGUGUGUGUGUGUGUGUGUGUGUGUAAGUAAAGGAAUGCACUUUUGUGUGAGAAGGGAAAGUGGAAUUUGUAGUAAUAGAACACGACUGGUGAGGGAAACAUUCUGUGCCUAAUAAAUAAAUAUAAACAUUCAACACUAAUUGAGUUGCAUCUUUCUUCAAACUUCUGUGUGCUACUGGAGCGUGGACUCACUGUGCCAAC